AUGGGUAAAGCCACAACCCUCGACAUCGAGUAUGCCAGUCUCAUGGCCCGAAACCCGGAAGGAACCUUCCUAUACAUCCCACCGACCUUCAAGAAGUUCCACCCAGGCUCGGUCGGCUUCUUCGACGAGAAUGGCGGCUGGAACCAGAUCACCGAUCUCUGCAAGGAAGGACAAUCCAAGACAGACGGCUUCACGGCGCUUGGCCGCACACUAAGCCGCGACGAGCCCACGGCAUCGAUGUGGAAGACCCGGUCCUCGGAGAGCGAAGAUGGGAACCAUGUCCGACUCUCGGGGGGAUUGUCAGCUGCGGCUGCGGCUGCCGUUCCGAUCGAUGUUAACGGCGACGGCAAGCACAAAAACAGCGCUUCAGGGAAAGCGGGUCUUGUGACAAGCAGUCUGGUUAAGCGAGAGAAGAUUCUGGCUCCGUUCGGCAAACCAGUUGGGAAGUGGGCGUCGGAGAAUGCCAAGGCACUUCUUGCGUCGGACUUUUCGACGGAUAUUGAGAAGAAUGGGCUGUGGAUUAUUCAGUCUGCUUGGGUUACUGAUGAGUGUGCUAUUCAUAUGACCAAUAGCAAGGAUAGGGCGAUUGAUGUUGGUUUGGAUAUCGCGGCUACUGGUGUUGGGAAGGUUGGUGGUGGAGGUGGGACUUUUGAGAAGUUGGGAAAUGAGGGUUGGACGACAUAUCAAGCUCAAGAGGGGGACGAGGGUCUGGUCGUCUCAUUCAGCGGAUCACACUAUAAGCCGCGUAUGUUCCAGAGAUUCCGAAGCGACCCUCUCAAACAAUCCACGGCCGACAGCUACCUGCGCGGUGGCGGUGAGCUCGUCGAUGAAUUAGAUUUUGAAGUUGAGAGGAUUGGUGUGAGCAACAGUGAUAUCGAGGAAGAAGAAGAAGCUGAGAAGGAAGAGAAGAUACAAGCGGAAUUAGAGGCGAAGAGUGCGAUCCUGAAGAACACUGUGACUCAUGAAGUUGAGUCGCUUUAA